AUGUCCUGGCGAGGCCUCUCCGCGAUGGGGCGGCGAUGGCGUGCGCCGAGCGCGCGGGCAGUGGUGCCGCUCUGUGGGGCGCAGCCGAGGCAACCCCAUGCGGGGGCGCGGCGCGGCGGGCUGCAGGAGCGGAAGCCGGCGGAGUGCGUGCGCGACGACGAGGGGGACAUCAUCAUCGCCACCUUCCUAGCGAGGCCGCGGGCGUCUGGGGCGCCCGCGUUCAGCAUGUCCGAGCUGGGCGGCGAAGCUGCGGCCUUUGACUUCGAGGCGCGCUUCGAGGUCGACGGCGUGGGCGGCUCGCGCAUGGGCGAGCUGAUGGCCGAGAUUGGGGGGCUGCCGUCGGCAGUGGCCGAGGAGGAGGCCGAGCUCACAGCGGUGGCCAAGGCCAUCGCGCUGGAGGAGCUGUACGUGGCCGCGCCGCCGCGCGAGACCGCGGGGGCCGCGGACGACGCGUGGGGGGCGAAGGCGUUGCCCAACGUCAUCAGCUACAGCCGCUGGUAUCAGCACGUGCGAGAAGGUAGAGCAGUGGCAGAGGGCGCUGGUUCUGCAGAGCGAGAUGUGUGA